AUGGACAGGAAGCGCUCCAAGAAGUCUGCAGGUCGUCGAUCAAAAGCUCCAUCCUUAACGGAACCUCCAGUCGAACGUCAGCAUAGAUCUUCCAGUGUUUUAUGGCUCAAGCUCAAUUUUACCAUUAAAACAGCUCGGCUCCAGUCGCUCAAGAGACAGAAGUACCAGCAUUUACAAGAAGAAGCUUUACUCAAAGCUCGAGGGUUGUUGAAAAAUUGGGAAGACGGGCCAGUGGUUUUAACUGAGGACUUGUACAGUCGAGCUCGCAGCGAACAUGAAGCUCAAGAACUGCUCAACUACACGCCAGAAGCAUUGGCACUGCGCUUCAGUCUACGCAACCAUCCAGACGUGAUCGAUGCUGUUAAGCAGCUCUGGUCUAUCGAGUUUCCUCGUGACGAUAUGGGUUGUAUCGACCAACAUGGGUACGCGUCAUUGUUCCGACGUAUUGGACGGAGCUUGGAACCUGAUGCAAGUAAACGACGUCUUCGUCGUAUGGAGAAAACCAUUAAAGAAGACUGGAGUCGAGAUAGUAAAGGCGAGUCAGUCAUGAGCUUUGCCAACUUCUUCGAUAGUGUCUUCGAACUCGCUGAUCUCUGGUGUGAGACUAUCGAUGUGGACGAGUAUAUCGCAUUCCUUCGAACGUUGUUACAGAGAGUGAGUGCCAUAAGACGUAACAAACAAGACCCAAACGAUCAAGGCAAGAGAAUAUUACGUUCGCUUAAGCAGAUUAAGGGUAUUGACGAUGAAGUAUCUUCAUCAGAGGAUGACUCGCUUUCAGAGGUAGAAGAUGAUGAAGAGUUAUCGACCGGAAGUGACACGGAUGAUAGCGAAGAGGAGAAUACUCCAAUCUCGUUACCAUCUCCGAAGAUUCCGACCCACUCGAUGUUCAUAGCGACCAAGGCAUUGACAAGUAUGCGUCCCAGAACCUCAAGCAAUACGUCUAUACCUAAAAAUGCUCCAGACGUCGACGAUGUUCCAGACAGACCACGCUCAAGAGAGCGACGGGCGAGUAUUAUUUCGCUUGGUGACUUCGCUGCGUUAGGCCUUCUAGACAUCGGCAAGGAGAGUCCAAAGACCCCUACUGUGCGAGGAUCAAGCGCAAAGUCUAGAGUGUCCUCUGCGAAAGCACCAUCACCAUUGGCCAGUGUACGUGAAAGCAUCAGCACAACUAACAUGGAAGGCGAAGAUGACAAUACUUUGGUGGCCAUGCACCGCAUGCGCUCUGCCCAGCGUACCCCAGUUACCGUCGAAGAUACUACCAGCACUAUUAUCCCAAAUUACUCAGCCCCAACUCAACACAAAGCAAGUUCUCCGCAGCAGAGACAGCGAAAGCCGGGUAAAGUAUCCACAACAGCGCCCGAUACAUUAAAGGCGAGUCUCGGGACUGGUAGCAUCAAUUCUGAUGGGCUCUCAAGUCUUCAAAGUGGCGGUUUAACAAGCUCGGCACCCGUCUUAAAGACGACAACGGGACUGAAGACUGGUGCUACGUUUGCCAGCGUUGAUACUGCUAGUGUUGAUACUGGUGCUCGAAUCUCAAUGCUGUCUUCCUCAUCUAAAGCAAAGCAAAAGGGCGACAAGAAGCCCACUGGAAUCAUGUUUGAUGGCCCCCCGGUAAACAUAAACAACAUGAGACUUGCAUCUCUUGACGUGGCCCCACCUAGCACCCCAGGAACCUCAAAACUUAAUCGUGGAGGUCAAGGCAAAUGGACUAUUCGAACUGAAAGUGAUCAACCGCGUCAACAAGGAGUAAGUGACAACGAAUCCGGUUCUCAAGCUCCACGAGAGUAUAUUACCGGUUUGGGUUUCGACAGUCCAGCUAAGGACAACCUGGUCUCAAAGAAGACAGAGUUACUACCAGUAGACCUGACGACACCAUUCUAUACAUUUGAUGACAGUGUAUCCCCAUCGAAGAGAUUAUUACAGCCACUAGAUGAUAGUGGUGGUGGCAGGAGUGGAGCUUACAGCGGUAGCAAAGGACGUCAACAACGCAAUACUACUGCUGAUGAUAGUACAAGCCAGGGACUUGAUUUAAGUGAUAGCUACAAGACUACGGGGUAUCUGACUGGAAGUUUACAAGCGGAGAUUAUUGCGAGGAACGUACCAAUGCCUCGUAAUGCUGAAGGACGCUCGCUGUCAUUAAACCGGGAAGGUAGGAGACGCAGUUCGAGCAAGCAAAUGCCUAAAAGAAUGCGAAAACAAGCUCCAGAUGACGGAGAUAACGACGGCACAGUGUCUCCAUGGGAUUCAGAAUUCGACAAUGAGCACGACGACCUCGCUAAAGCUCUUCCUCCAGCUGAUAAACUACGAGUAAGUCCAAUUGUGACGAUCCCAGUGGCAUCAAUUCCUAAGACUCAAGAGGACCCAGACCCGGAGUUAUCGACGGAUCCUUUAAUACUUACCGUGUCAUCGUCUAUGGUCCCUCUUGAGCCCCCAUCCUGUGUAUCUGAUCUCACAACAUUGCCGCAUGAGUACCACGAACUGGUACUCGGCAAAGGGCUCAGUAGAUCGGAAAGCGCUCCGAUUCGAACAGCACAAACUCGUACUCCUACGGUACACCCAGUUAACAGAACGUCACGAGGGCCACAGUGGAUGCUAUUGGGAGCUAUUCAACCUUCUUUAACUCUUUUGGAGGACGGCGUUGAGGGUCGGACAGUGGCUACCUCACCACGACCAAAACUUGCAGCACUUACGUCAAAGCGGCCUCGUCGAGAUCGAGAAAUCGACGAGGACGAUGAAACGGGAUUGUGUCCUCGAUUUGCGGAGCAUCUCGAGUCUCAUGGAGAUCGAUCUGCUACUGCCCCACCACGUUUUCGCACAGACAAGCCGAGAUCUCGAUGUACAUGCGAAGAUGGCUGCACUGCGUCUUUGGAUGAAGAAGGUAACUAUCGAUGCUUUAUCCAUGGAAGCAGCAACAACAACUGGCAAGACGAGAACGACGUAGAGAUAGCAGCGAAUGCUCAGGAAGACGUGACGGUGAUUGUAAAUGCCACUCGAGGACUCGUACUACGACCUGGUACAAUGGAUCGGGUAGCUGCCAAGCGAGCAAGGCACAAAGAGAGAGCAACAAGGUCUGAAAUGAUGCGACGACGGUGUCAAUACACGUUCGGCAAGCACGUGGGUUAA